CGAUAUGCACGUUCAUUUUCUUGCCUUUUGUAUGACAACACGACAGCUCUCGUUCGAUAAAAAAACUUAUCUUUUCAAAACAUGGAGAAUGUUAACGAGUAUGCGCCGUUUCAGGAUUAUUUUGGCCUCAGUGACAUUACCUGGAAUAAGGAUUUAUUGACGAAUUUGAAUAAUUUGAUGACGCCAAUUACCUGCCAGGAUGACAGCAGCAGCGACUGUGAUAGCAGUAAUAACAACUAUGACUGUUUGAGUUUUGGUUUGACAUUUCUUGACCGGGAUGUCGGUUCGAAUUCUCAGGAACAUUUGGACCAUAUCCGGAUUGAUUCAAUGGAUGAGUUCCGCCAUAACGGCCGAGAAUUAGAUUUGGACGACUUGGAUAGCUACCAGGUACAUUUGCGUCACGAGUCCGCUAAGGAUAAGAUGGCGAUUCAGAGGGAAAGCAAUCCGAUCGUGUUGCAAGUUCUGGCAUUUAAAGAAAAGAAGAAAGCUGCUCGACGGGCCAAGGCAAAGAAAGUGUGCGUUUUCUGCAAGAACAAUGGCGAAACGUCAUCGGUGUACACCAGCCAUGUUUUGAAAGAUAACGAGGGUAAAGUCAGCUGCCCCAUCUUGCGGAAAUACACCUGUCCCUUGUGUGGGGUCAACGGCGACGGAGCUCAUACCAUCAAAUACUGCCCAAAGAACGAGGAAACUGACAAUAAUUCAACACCCUGUCUGUCAUCUCUGUUAAACACUGUCCGUAGCAGCACCUGUAAAAGACGCCGGAUGCAGUCGGGAGCUAGUUCUUAAUUAGCGGACGGACUUCAGCUCUAAUUUGGCGCGUGCGAUCGAAAAUGUAAACAAUCACAAAUUUGAAAUUACGGUGCGAAACUAUUGCCUAAACAUUCUAUUCAAUAUCAUCUCAGAAAUUGUAUCGGCGACAUCUGAAAAAAAUCGUGAACUUUGAACAAACAUUCCAGUGAUUAACAUGUGGACUGCAAUGAUUUAAAUACAUUGAUGGAAUUCGUAUUGGACGAUGAAAAAGGUGAACCAGUAAUAUGAACUUAUCGGAAUAUAGAAAUAUGAUAUUAGAAAGUCUUGUGCAAUUCCAUGACAUUUUUACGCAAAUUAAACAACGAUUUGCGACAACUAAGAUCUUUUAUCAUUUACAUCACAUAUUCAUUGUCGCCUUGUAUGUAUAUCACAUUUUUUGUAUUAUAAUAUUUUUGUUUUAAAACAUGUUGAUUUUACAACUUUUUGAUUUUCAUCACUUUGUGUAGAUUAUGUAAUUUAUCCUAGAAAUACUAUUUAUAACCGUUUGUUUUUAAAAGAUGAAGAAUUUUAUGUGCUAUAAAAUAGAUUUAAUUGAAAUACAUGUACAUAGAAUAUCUUUUGUAAACUAAUUAAUUAAUUUGAUUACUAACUUAUUCACAUUCCUGACAGGUGAGAAAAUGGUAAAAUAUUCAGGUUUAAUUUUUUUCCGUAAUGUACCUCUUUUUUUCCGAAGACUAGCCAUUAUUUUUUUUCCUCUUUUCCGCAAUUUCAUUUCUUACCAUCUGUCCAAUGAAAUUGUAUGUUUCCUCUCGAGUGAAACAUAUUUUUGUAAAAGAAAUGUAUUUUGUACACAUUGACAUUAUCAAUGACAUCUACAUCAGUAUGCAAUGGUAUUUACAUCCAAAUUUACUGAGCCAUAAAAAAAUCGAUAGUUUUGUAUAUACACGGUGUUCUGCACAUAGAGACAUUUUAAAUAGUAGUUUAGAAAUAAUUUGAUCGAUUUAGUGCUGAAUAUAUUAUAUUUGAAUCGGUUCUCGUAUUAAAACCAUUUAGACUUUCA